UUUCUCACCGCUUAUGUGUAGACUUAGCUAGUCCUGAGAAUCGCAUCUUUUCUUCCAACAUAUAUUGUUUUGGUAAACUAUAAUGGCGUCUGCCACCGGGAUUCCCCAGGAACAUCGUCAGACUAUCGAGGCCCGAGAGGACGAGCCGCUGUUGGGCAGACCGGGCGAUGUCGUCCAGAAAGAGGAUCAAUAUAUCAUCUACAAUCUAUUCACCGGAACGGCCAGCCUGGCACAGUUUGGAAUAUGGAUUAUCGCCAUCCUGGUCUGGGCAGGUAUCUUCUCCCAUCCGCUAAUACUCUUUUCUGCCCAUCCGCUCCUGAACUCAUCUGCGCUGCUCCUCCAGGUGCAAGCUGCACUUAUCCUCCAACCCACUGCGACACCCCAGCAGAAGCUCAAAGGAGCGCGCAUCCAUUACGUCAUCCAGGCCGUCAGUGUGGCGGCCUUUAUCGCGGGCUUCAUCGUCAUCGAAGUCAACAAGGGCAGCCAUGCACGCUUUACCUCGCCUCACGGCGUGAUGGGCUUGAUUACCUACAGUCUCAUCAUCAUCCAGGCCGCCGGGGGCGUCAUCCAGUACUUUGUCCCGGUUCAGGUCUUGGGCAGUGUGGAGAAUGGUAAGAAGCUCUACAAGUAUCAUCGUCUGUCGGGGUAUGUCUUGCUGCUUCUCGAACUGGUGACUGUUGCCGCUGCCACGCGGACGACCUUCAACUUGACUGUGCUGUCGAUUCCGCUGUGGGCAGUGGCUGUGGGCGCGGUUCUGGUGAUCUCAGGCGUUGGAGCAAGAGUCAAGAAGCACAAAUUGGGCCUAUGAAUCGGAUGACGGUGUAUAUGAGUUUUGGAGAUACCAUGGAUGUCUACUAGUACUUUCUUGUGGUUGUGAAAUGUUGUCAGAUAGUAGUAUAUUUAUGCCGAUGCGUCAAUAUGUGUUACAUUGUGAGAGAUCUGUUCAAUUUUCGGGGGACGAUAGAAUAUCACAGCUUAGUAUAGAAAGCAGCUGCC